AUUUUCGGGGUAGGGUUUAUAUUGCCCAAAUGCUUAGAAAUCCUGCUAGCGCUUAUUUUAUGGGGAAACACGGUAUGAUCCUGUUUUCACUGUGCCUCCACUAUGGUAGGUUGUUUCUGGGUGUGUGUGUUUAAUUUUUGGAGUUCAUGUUUUCUAGGACUUUGUAUGUGGGGAUGGUGUAUGACUGGGUAAAGAGCAUGAACAGAUUUUAUUUUUUUUUUUGUUUUUAUUCAUGAACAGAUUUUAAAAUCUGAUUUUACUAAGUGUUUAAGGGUUAUCACCAGCCUGGGGCUAACUUUUAUGCUAAUUCCUCAGCCAGGUGGUUCCUGAACCACAUAGUGUAAAUUUGAAUACCAAAUCUGUACGUGGUAGCAAAUUCUCAUGGAACCUGUUCCCCCUCAAUCCUAGGGAAAGUUUCCUUGUUAUUUCUCCAUGCCAGUGGGGGAAGUUUUUCUAGCUCACCUCUUCACCAAGGAUGAAGGUUUCAGGGCCUUCAAGGAUAAAGGCUUCAAGCCACUUUUAUGCAGGUAGUCCCAUUUCCAACUUCCUUUUUUCACGUCCUCCUUUCCAAGAUUACAAAGAAAAGAAGGAACAACGGUCAUGUCAAAAAGGGCCGAGGCCAUGUGCAGCCUAUUCGCUGCACGAACUGCACACGAUGCGUGCCUAAAGACAAGGCCAUUAAGAUGUUUGUCAUUCGGAACAUAGUGGAGGCCGCAGCUGUCAGGGACAUAUCUGAAGCGAAUGUCUUCAAUGCCUAUGUGCUUCCCAAGCUGUACAUGAAGCUACAUUACUGUGUGAGUUGUGCUAUUCACAGCAAGGUAGUCAAGAAUCGUUCUCGGGAAGCCCGCAAGGACCGAACACCCCCACCCAGAUUUAGACCUGCGGGUGCUGCCCCAAGACCUCCACUAAAGCUUAUGUAAGGAGUUGAGUCCUUAAGGACUGGAGAAAAACUAUCCGUUGGAAAAAAAUAAAAUGGAGAGUAUACUUAAUAUAGCAUGUUAAAUAUGUCUGUGCCAGACAGAGUGAAAGUUUUUGUUAUACCAGGUGUUCAAGUGUGAAUUGUCACAUAAUGUUUUCCUUUGAAAGAAAGCUAAUCUUUCAGGAACAUCAAAACGCAAUCAGGAUAAAGAUAAUAAAAUAAAAAUUAAAAAAAGAAAGCUAAUCUGUGUGAAUUAAAUAACUCUUGUAGUCUAAAAAAACAACAACAAAAAAACUUCCUAUCUGGCAUGGGCCAAAGUCUCAUUUCUCGUACUUGUGUAGGCAUUAACACUCAAGAGCAGGUGGGGCGCAGUUGCCUGUAAUGCAGGCACUCUGGGAGGCCAAGACAAGAGGAUCGUUUGAGGUCAGGAGUUCGAGAUCAGCCUGAGCAAAAGCAAGAC